AUGGACGCCCGAAAAUCAAGACCGUCGAGUCCCAGCUUAAGGCAAUGGUCAUCAGGGCGAAGGUUGACGGGAGCCCAACGAGAGAGAAAAAGAGCCGUGGACAGACAGCGCAGCAGGAAACAAAGAGGCCAAACUGCUCUUCGUCUUGUUGAGCUAGAGACCAAAAUCGAACAUCUCACCGCCGAACUCGUUGCUCUGCGAAGAGGCCAGCAAUCACCCACCAUUGGAUUAGGCCAGACAAAUUCAGUCGUAAAACCACACCAUGGAUGGUUCGCGGAUGCAGGCUUUGUUUCAGAGCCGUGCGUUGACCUUCCAGAUUCGUGUCGAUUGGGAGGGACAUCUGGAAUCGCGGUGCCGCCUUCUCUCCCAGUCAUACCUCAAGCAAGUUUCGACGAAGGCAGUUGGACACACAAUGCAGCGUUGGAGAGCAAUGUCGGUGGACCCGACACACCCUGCGCAAUCGGUAUGACUCUCAGCAGCGAUUUGUUCGAUCAUUCAAGAUAUUCCUUCCAGUCUUCUUCCAAUGCCUCUCUCGAGCCCAUGACAAAUGCACCAACCGCGUCUGGUCCGAUCCUUCACCAAAUCAAUUCGGAUGGAUUGGACAGGAGCAAAGGCACCCAAUGUCAGAGCAUAUUUAACAACGUCUUGAAAACAGCGCGAUCACUUUCACCCACAGAUGUUUGUACAGACGAGAAGUUGAACCAGGAUGCGCUAAUCCGAGGCGUUCUUUUCGGAUGGGAUGAUGUGAUCUCAAGGUCCAUGUUCUUCUGCCCUCUUUGGGAGAUUAUACGAUAUCUGGAUAAACGGCUUUUCUGCCUGAGCGGUAAUUUGACUAGGUUAUGCACUUUGCGGAUGAUUCACUCUUUGCUCCUGUGCCUUGUGAAAGCUGAUUCAUUCAACAACCUGCCUCCAUGGUAUCGCCCUAGACCUUCGCAGUAUCGAUUUGACCAUCCUUUGGCAGUGGACGUGCUUCCAUGGCCCGGCUUGCGGGAGCGUGCCGUUCUCUGUCAGAAUCUUACAGCAACAAACAAAUUCUGGACCGAUGUGAUCUAUCACUUCCAGUUCUGCUGGCCCUAUACAACACGUGACACUGUUAGCAGAAACCUUGAAUCAGGCCUGUAUGAGUUUACCGGCUUGUAUAACCAUUACCUCUACGAAAUCCGGAUGUGGAAGAUGGAUCCUACCUUUUUUGUCGGAUUCCCCGAAACAUACGAUGACAUAGUUCCGGUCUUGGAGAUCGAGCGACCCCUAGCGCAGUCGAUAUCGGUCAAACCUCGAUGUCGGCUGCUGCCCCUGCCCGAAGACCUGGAGGACCACGAAGAAGAAGAAGAAAAUCCAGACUGGGACCAUCUGUUAUCAUAG